AUGUUUCGAAAACGCGAAGCUGCCUUUGAGGAGUUUAUUUUUCCCCAAGCGUCUCAUCAAUUGACACAAGACUCAUUAAACGUAUCGCAUUCAUUCGGUGGAACCCCAUUCUACGGAAAUCCUUUCAUUUCAAUGGAUUUUCUUGGUAAUUCAUCUUUUGUAUACAGAGGAAAUGAAGAAUCACGUCGUUUUUCAAACGAAACGAUUUCCCCGAGAGCCAACGUCGAUCCAAGAGAGAUUUACUGCAAUGUUCCCGGUCGAACUUCACUCCUCAGCUCGACCACCAAAUACAAAGUGACAGUUGGGGAAAUUCAGCGGAGAAUCAGUGCACCAGAAUGUUUAAAUGCAUCACUUCUUGGAGGAAUUCUUCGAAAAGCCAAAUCGAAAGACGGUGGGAAAACGCUGCGCGAUUCGUUGAAGAAAAUUGGACUAACUCUGCCGGCGGGAAGACGGAAACAAGCAAUUGUGACUGCUUGGACGGCACUCGUUGAAGAAGAAGCCGUUCACAUGGCAAAGGAUUUUCAUUUGGUUUGCGAGAAAGAGUUCCACUCUCGGGAAUUCGGGAUUUAUUUGACGAAAAUUGGGAUCGCGCGAGAGGGAGAGCCGAUGAAGAGAAGAGAGAAUUUGGAGGCAACGAGGCGAAUGAUCGACGAGUUGAUCGAGUUGAUCUCCGCCGAUCGAACGCCUCUCACCACUCCGCUCGCUUUCCCGCUUCGUUCGAUGCACUCUGUCGAUCCGAACAUUCAACAGCAUCUCAGCCAUUUCACUCUGAUGACUCACGGUUUUGGUAUGUUAGCCGUGCGGGCAGUGCUUGGUUGUGUGCAACGUCUCGUCAACGAAUCCCUUUGCUUUUUGGAUCGAAAUUUCCCCCAAACUUCUCUCUAUUCAAAUAUUCAUCCGUAUCAACGU